AUGCUCUCUGGCAAUAAUUUUAUCCCAUAUUACCUCUGUUAUUACAUCAACAUUCUCAUGGUCCAAGGAAUCACAUUGUCCAUCUUCAUGACCAUGUUUGUGGGUGUUGAUCGGCUGAUUGGAGUGACUUUUCCGAUUAUCUACACCAGCAUCAGCAAGGUCCCGUAUAUUGGGGUUUGUUUGGCGGCUUCUAUCAGUUUCGCCGGUUACAUUUCGUGGCUGGGAUAUGGCCAUACAAAGAGUGAAUUCGGACGAGAGUAAGUCUUUAAUUGAGUUGACGUCUAUUUUUAUCAUUGUCGGCCUUUUUGUUGCUACAUUUUAAAAUUAUUUUUGAUUCUAAAAAACACAGAAAAAACACUUCCCUAUAUCAAUUUGUACCCGUUACAGUGUGUCACGCAAUAGACGAAUUCAAAUAAGUGAACAUUAGACUGUUUCUGAACAGCACAAACCAAAUAUGUUUUAAAAUAAGAACAUGGACUUAUGCAAAUUAUAUACAAAAAAAUCUGCGAAUCCCAUUUUUUUCAUUUCCCCUGUAAACAGACAAAUGAAUCUUUAAUAUUGAAAUUUCAGACCAGUUAUGUGCAGCAUCAUAGACAGCAUGGGAGCCGGCUCUCUGCCUUGGUUUGACGCAUGUUUCAUUAUAAAUCUUAUCGACUUGCUUAUCUACUCCAUUGUCUGGAUACAAUUGAGGAAUAAGACCUCAAACAACGACUCAAUGAGAAGAGUUUUCAAGUCAUUGUUAGUCAUGAUGGUCGUUGUCGUCUUCGGCUGGCUUGUCAAUGCAUUUGUGAGGUCUGUGAUCAUCCCAUAUGGCGAGAUUCCCGUGAGUCAAUGGUUCUUCUGGGCCUCUUAUGGAGGAUUACUGGUCAACAUCGCCAGCACGCUGAACUUCUUCAUCCUGUUCAGCUUCAGGUAAGGGCAUUAUAAUCAAUGUUUCAAGUGUUUUAGUUCCGAAUAUCGGACUGCGUUUACCUCGUUAUUGCCAUUCCUCAAGGGCUUCCGAUCUCACAGUUUGUUAAAAAUGCAAUCAUCAAAUGGGCUGACGAAACUUGAAGGAAAAUCAAAGAUAUCCACGUCUACUGUAAAGCCGGUCCAUACUAUAACCGUCGAUUAA